CCUGAACCUGAACCGAACCAACCAUAACUCGAGUCGAGAGAGUAGGCAGUAGAGGAAGUGGAAGAUGAUCUCUUAUCUCAGUGAAUUUUAGAAAAUUUGUUCUAUAAUAUUAUUACAUUUAAGGUGUAAAUUUGUUUGUAAACCAUGGCAAAGCUUGUUGACGUUUACAGAAACAAUGAUCAAAAACUAUCACGAAGACAACUUCCUCUACAAAUCGAUGAAAACCUCACGAUGGUAAUGGAUUUGAACAGCAUGGGAUUUGUAAAGUGGAUUUUGGACCUAAACAACCCAACUGUCAAAGGAAAGGAACUCGAUGAAUUUCAGGCUAAAUAUAAAGUACUUUCCCCAGAAGAAGUCCGAUAUGCAUUUCAAGUCAGCCGAAAGGAUCUCAUGAACAUUUUGAGCAACACUAUUCCAUGUGUUGGUUGCAGAAGAAGUGUGGAGAGGCUGUUCUAUCAGUUGAUGCAAUCAGGCCAUCCAGCACUCUCUCCUCUAGUGGUGUUACCUGAGGGCUACUUGACACUACAAGAGGACCACCUAGACUGGCCACACCUGCUUUGUACUCUGCUGCACGGACACAGUUCUCAUCUUAAUGAUCUGGUAGACAGCCAGCUGCGCUCCAAAAAGUCUCGCCGCUGCUUGCUACAUUCGCUUGACUCUCAGCGCACACGAGUGUUGUCUACUGCCUGGAGGGAUGUGUGGUCAGUGAUGCGACCUCAGUGUCGAGAUGAGGUCGUGCUCAUCGAGGCAACCACUCUAAUGGCUACAUUAGAGAAUUACCUGCGUAAACACAGGUUCUGUGGCGAGUGUCGCACCAAGGUGUUGCGUGCUUAUGCUUUGUUGGUUGAAGAACCGGAGCCUGUACAGGAGAAGGGCUAUGUCCCGGCACUGUAUGCUGGCAUCAAACGAUGUCUGCCAGACAAACACAUCCAUCUGCAGACCAACACAGAGUACAUCAGUGACCUCAUCACCAGGGCAGAACCUGAAUUGAUGGGCAGUCGCAGGGAGAGACAUGCCAAGACUUUGGAGAUUGCCCAGGAGGAGGUGUUGACUUGUCUGGGUAUCUGUGUGUAUGAGAGGCUCCACCGCAUACAGCUGAGACUGAGGGAGGAGGAGUGUACCUGUCAGGUGUUGGCUGCCAUCGCUGUUGACGCACUCAACCGCAACUUUCAGAAAGCUGUUGAGUGCAAGAGAGGCAAGACCCAACUAGAACUACUCUAUGAAGAAAUCACAAAGGAAGAGCAGCUGUUGCAACAAAGAAAAGAACACAAGAAACUAAAGAAGAGAAAAAGGAAAGAGAAAAGAGCUGGAUUGGAAGAAAAAGAAAACUGUGAAUGCGAGUCAGAAGAUCAACCUGAUGUUUGUGGACAUACAGAAGAUGACUGUGUUUGUACUGUAGACAAGCCUAAUCCUAAGAAUAUUGACCGCCAGAAGCUGCAAGUUCUGGAUCGGAAGAUGAAAGGAUCACCGACUUGUUCAUGUGCAGAUUGUGUAAAAAACAAAAAAAGUGCAGUGAAAGUGACUAAUAGUGUAACAAAGAGUAAAUCAAAAUGUGCUGGGCAAGCAGAGAACCUAGAAUUCCCAGCGAUAGUCAGCACAGAGAAAAACAAAAACUUAAACUCAUUAAGUCCAUGUGAAUCUUGUGUAAAUGCCCAGGAGCUGCUGGAUGCACAGAAAGGUUGGUCGUCUAGUGAUCACUCUCAAGACUACGGUUAUUCUAGUGAGAACAACCUCGGCAGUACAGGACCUAGUGGGCCGAGCUCCCCUGAGGGCUCAGAGGUGGCCUGUUCUGAUGGAUUCUGUAAUCACGAUGGUACAGGUGAAUGCAAUUCUGAAGAAGGAGAGAAAAUCAAACGUCUAAGGCAUUCAAUGCAAACACUCUCUUUACAGCAAAUGCUUGAGGAAUCCUGUUCAUCAGAUGAAGAGAGCUUCAUACCUCUUGAAGAAGUGCAGAAGUUCAUGGCCAAACGGCCGCAUGUGACAGAGAAGAGGCAAGAGUUGCGACACAUGUUACGGCAGAGAUUCGCUCUCAUGUGUCAGAUGGGUCAGCUGAAGCACCAAGAUUGAACACAUCUGGACUGUCGGCUCCCUCACUAGUCAACAGACCGCAGUCACAGUCGUCGAGACCAUAUUGUAGCUAAGCUAGCAAAAGUUAUUGUAAUUGUUCAUAUUGAAAAGGUAAUUAUUUUGUAAGUCUAUUUUAUUAUACUUGUUAAAGCCGUUUUUGGGCUCUUAUACAUGCUGUUGAGGGUUCUCGAAUUUGUUAAUUAUAUUUAUACUCGGUACUUUUAUUAAAGUUUUCAUUAUAUUGUACAGUCCAUUUAUCCAUUUUGUUUGUGUAUUUUUUUACCAUGCGAGGAGCUGUUGUCACUAGAGUGUAACCGUGUCGUGUGAUUGGGAGAUUUAUAUAUUUUAUAAUGUUGUUAUUAUACGGCCAAACGGUGCUAAGUUUACAACAGACUCUUGUGAUCCUAAACAAGGCAUUGUUACCGUUGCGUGUUUCAUGUUAGUGUAGCGUAACCCAAGGAUACAGUUACAUUCCUUUCAUGUUCUUUGUGAGACUUUGGAGUCGAUACCUUACAAAGCCCUGUUGUUUCAUUGUUCAAAUAUAAAGGUUUAUUCACCCA